AUGGACGACCACGCCGUCGCCCGCCUAGUAGCGACAACAAGCCUAAUAACCUUCAUCUCGGGCUUCGGGCUAGGCGUCUACUCCCUACGAGGAUACCUAUUCACGCCCUCGUGGCGCGAGGAGCGCCGGCGCAACCUGCACGACCCGGCCGAGAGCGACGAGUCCGACGUCGACGAGGAUUCCACAAUACUGGACCACGCGCCCAACUGGGCCAACGGCGAGGACGCCGACCGGAAGCAGGGGCUGCGCGUCCCUACCACCACAAAGGAGAAGAAGAGCACCAGCGCCUCGGCGGAAAAGAGUGGUGGGAAGAAGAGUGGGAGUGGAAAUGGAAAGAAGAAUAAGGUAGAGGAGGUGAACGAUGAGGAGGAGGAGGAGGAGAGCCCCCAGCAGAACCACAUCGUGGAUAAGGGCACCGGCGGUGCUAAUGAGGAGUGCAAGCUUGUGCUGGUCGUGCGGACGGAUCUGGGCAUGACGAAGGCCUGCUACAAGACCCUAAGCCGCGCCGCCACCAAAACCCCAGGGGCCCCCGCGGCGCGCAUCCUGCAGCGCUGGGAGCGCCUCGGCCAGGCCAAGAUCGCCGUGCAGACACAAUCCGAGGACGAACUACUAGAACUGAUGGGCCGCGCGCGCAGCCUGGGCGUCACCUCCGAGGUCAUCCAAGACGCCGGCCGCACCCAGAUCGACCCCGGCAGCCUGACCGUGCUGGGCGUCGGCCCCGCGCCCAAGAGCCUCGUCGACCAGAUCACCGGCGGGUUGAAGCUUUUGUGA